CUUGCUCGAGCAGGGAUUGCUCGAUGGUGGAGACGGGGUUUCUUGAAUCUCGAAAUUAAUCGCGAAGAGGGCCAAUCGGGCUAAAAUCUCGAGAUUGAGCAAACUCAGGCUGGUGCAGCACCGCCUUAUGGAUACAGCAUCAUCAUGGGAUGAUGAAUUUCUCUUAAGUGGGGAUUCUUGUGGGCCUACCAUUCUCCUUAUCAUGAAUCCACCCUCAAAUACUUUUAUGAUUGAAUGCAGAUGAUACGAAUAUGUAAUAUGGCUCUGCAAUAAAAAUUGAAUGAAUUUGUGAAUUCAGAAAUAGUGUGGAUUAUGAGUGCUGGAAUGAAAUAGUAAUAUCGCCAUGGUAAAAAGUCAGUGCAGCGCUUAGUGUGAGAAGCAGGAACUUCCACUGCAGAAUACAUGAAUGCCGCAUUAUUUUAGAAUCUUUAUCUAGUUCAUCAUUGAUUCAAAGAUGAGAUUUAUAAUUAUAUGUACUUCAAGUGUGUAUUGAGUGCAGAUCAAGUCCUAAUAGCAAGGCCAGCACUCAGACAUUGUGGAUAAUUCUGGUCUUUGACCUUCGUGAAAUACAUAUAUAUGCAGCGCUGAGAAACAUUGUACUUGUAUUUUUAGCGCUAUAUGAAUUUUGCAAAUUGUUAUCAAAAUUAUUUUGAAGAUUGGUCGCAUGAAAUCCGUAUGGAUCCAUGAAUUACCAUCCUAUAUUUUUUUAGAGCAAAAUACGAUAUUCACAUAAAAAAACAGCAAUCUUGAUUUGGCCAAGUCUACCAUUUUAUACUUGAUGACAACAACACCUUUAUUACAAGGUUGUGUUUGUUAGAAUUCAUCUAAAAAACACUAGAAUAAAAAACUUAUACACACACCUACAUUGUAUACAGUGUAAAAAAAAUUCAGUGACCAAUGAUAUUGCAGGAUUUCAGAAGCAAACUACAUGUAUGUAACGUCUAAAUCUGUUGUUGGUAACAAGCUUUAUAAAGCAGGCCUGAAGGCUGGAAAGCAUAUAUAUCAUGAAGCAUAUUUUCAGUGAUUUUGACAGACAAAUUUAUUAUCAGCCAAUCAGAUCCAAGUAUUUCAGUAGCUUAUUACUCUUAGAAGUACCUGUAGACAAACUGCAUUUCGUGAUUCGACUCUCCCUAGAUUUCUAAUGAAGAUAUGAAUGUAUUAUAUCGUCAUUCGGCAAGUACAUGUACAAAAGGGCAAGAUGGUCGAUAUUUAUUGAAAAGAGUGCAAAAGAUUAAUUUUUUUGUUUUCUACAUUUUUAGUAGAGUAGUGAAAGCCCUUUCUGGUGAUGUCUUCAAAAUUAUCGAAAUCACCAUAUUUUUGUAGUAAUUUGAUAAAAAAGAAAAGUCAACUCGCUCCCAAAUGCCAGUUUUUGGCAAAAGGUAGGGCAAUGUCGAACACAUUCUCUCAUUUCACCCAGAAAACUGCAAAUACAUAAUGUAAAAUGUACAUAGAAUGGGCAAAUUAAACUCUUUUUUUUUUAGGUUGACAGUGUCAUACUGAUAUGAUAUUUCCAUACAUAAUGUGUAUGAGUUUGCAUUUUAUUUUGUCACAGUAUGUAUCAUUUACAUUGUAAUCUCACACUGGUUAUUUCUUUCUCAUUUGUCUUUCAGAGCGGAGAAAACAGAAGUACUGAAUGAUGAAUUAUUACAAUGUGAGAAAAGAACUGAGCAUAUAAAACACACGUGUCAGAACAUCACGAAGAAGCUCUCAGCAUGUCUUAUUGGCUCAGGAACAGACGUUGAGAAAAGAACGAAAAAGCUUCCGCAUUCUGUGCUUUCUCAGAGUAUGAAUGAGAUGAGCGUAGAAUUAGGAGACACAACAUUAUUAGGGUCUAUGUUAGUCAAAACUUCUGAAGCAUGCGCAAACAUAGCGCAGGAACUAACCAGUCAUGAAAUGGGUUUAGAAAACCUGAUCCUCAUCCCAUUCAACUCAGUCCUAGAGGAAAGCAUCCCUCAAAUCCAAAGUAACAAAAGAAGAUUAGUCAGACUGACCCUGGAUCUGGAUUCAGCUAAAAACAGGUUUCACAGUGCUUCCAGGCAAACAGCAUUAGGGAAAGGCAACUUCCAGGAGCAAGCAGCAAAAAUAGAUGCCAUCAAGGAGGAAUUAGAUGAUGCCCAAAUUAAAGUAGAACAAUGCAAGGUUGGUAUGGAUUCUCAGGCAUUAAUCUGUCUUUGCCUCUCUCUAUCCUUGAUAGUAGAUUCCUGGGGAGCGUUUCAUCAAUAUUUUCAUCUGACAAGUUGUCAGAUCUGACAUCUUUCCAUGACUUUGAUUGGCAGAGAGGCACUGUUCCUAUGGUAACUGUCGGAUAAAACGUCCGACAAGUCCUUUCAUGAAACGCCCCCCUGGUACAUGAUGCCCAAACUAAAGUAGAACGAUACAGGGUUGUAUUGAUUCUCAGGUAUUAAUCUGUUUUUGCCACUCUCUUCUAUCAAUGUAAGUGUGUUCCUUGUAGAAAAAUUCAAACAGAAAAUGAGGCUGGUGUUUGGUGAUUCCUGUACCCCGUUGCAUAAAAGUUACUAUUGUGGUAACUUUGCCGUCCAAUGGUAACUUCCCUGAAAUCCUUGAUUCUGAUUGGCUGAUUAGCAUUGUUACCGUGACAGUCACAUAAUAGUAACUUUUAUGUAACAGGACCCCGGUCAUGAGGAAAAAAAAGUUACGGAAGCUUGUGCCAUCGACCUGUUGAGAUAUAUGUCAGCAUGUCGAGAUAACGUUUCUCUCCAUGUUGACAUACAACUAUCCAAAUCGACUUGAAGAGAUGAUGUAUCGCGCCAAACAUGUUGAUAUAUCGAAAGUAAAUGGUGAGAUUUUAUUUUAUAUCCACAGUGUGCGCGCAUGUGCAUGUUGAUCUGCUGUCAGCCACGAUGCGGGUUUCCAACUGGAUGUUUGGUGUGUGCACGCUGUGGAUAUAAACAUAAAUAUCAGCAUUUACUAUUUAUAUAUAUCAACAUGAUAACGUACCUCGCCAUGUGGGCAUAUAACUUUUCUUUCUCAUCAUAUCGGUAUUUUAUUUUAAUUCUGUAUUUCAUGAUUUGUCUUAAUAUUCAGCCUUUCUUCCUCAUUCACUUAUGUAUAGUGAAACAUGUCUAUAGUGACCACUCAAGGGAAACACAAAAUGUGGCUUGUAUAGACAGGUGGCUACUAUAGACAGGUUCUUACACACACACACGACCUGCCUCCAUGGGAAUCAGUUUUAGUGGUCACUAUAGGCAGGUGGCUGCUAUAGACAGGUACUUAUACACACGACCUGCCUCCAUGGGAAUCAGUUUUAGUGGUCACUAUAGGCAGGUGGCUGCUAUAGACAGGUUCUUAUACACACGACCUGCCUCCAUGGGAAUCUGUUUGAUUGGUCACUAUAGGCAGGUGGCUGCUAUAGACAGGUUCUUAUACACACAAUCUGCCUCCAUGGGAAUCUGUUUUAGUGGUCACUAUUGGCAGGUGGCUGUUAUAGACAGGUGGCCACUAACACAGGUUUGACUGUAUGUAUAUUAUCCUACAAAAAUAUCUGUAAGAGCUGGCACAGGGAUCCACUGCAUGCUAUCCCUCAAGUCGGAUGUAUUUCCCCAGCGCAUUGCCCUACCACAUUUAAUAGUUUCCAUGAAUAGAGGUAGUGGUAGGGAGAAAGACAUAUUAUUCUAUGGUGAGGUUUGCCAUGAACACUGUCAAAAUUAGAGGGAAAUAAAAAACAGUUUCACUUCCUCAAACCGUCACUCAGUUGGGUGUUCACGGAUCGGGUCGAGGGAAAGGGAACUUGACCAUAUAUGUACACAGAGACAAUCUACUUUUACUUAGUACUAGAUACCAGAUAAUCAAAGUGCUUUUCACUAUGUCGUGCUGGUGCAAGAACGCCCUGAACACCGCACUUGCGCAGAUGGGCUUUUUAAACAGGAUCCCUUUAAAGUUUGGACGUGCCUCAUCAUUUUUUAUGAUUUUAAGAAUCUUAACCCUAACUAGGCCGGGCUUUUUUGGCUGUUCUGUGGCCGGGGGGGGGGGGGGGGGGGUUGAUUCAACCCCCCCCUGAGAUCUCGGCCGCCAAUUGCGCGAGCGCCGCAAAAAUUUGCACGGCGGUAUUGUGCGAUGUAAUCUACAAGGCUGUAUGGUAAAAUUUUCCAAAAUAAUGAGAUUUUAUUUUAUAUGAAUUAAUUAUGCUAAUUUAUGCAUAAAUCAUACUUUUUGCUCUAAUUCACUAAAUAAAGCUCCUAGAAUGUUAAUUUUUGGUAAAAACAUUCUUUGUAGCAUUCUUAACAAUGGCAAUUGAAAAAAACUUCGGUUUGGAAAUCAAUUUCUUAUGUAUUUUAUUGUUUUAUGAAUUUCUUAUGUAUUUCUUUGUUUUUCAACCUUUUGUUUUUCUUUGUUUUUUUCACCAGAUUUAUUGCACAACCUUUUUGAAGCAUAAUUAUGCUAAAAUCAAUUGCUUUCAGCUCUUUAAAGUAAAAAUAAUCAUAUCUUUAUGAAUAAGAUGAGAAAACUCAAUUUGCAUUGACUUUGUACACAAAAUCACGUUUUGGAACAAUUUUUGGUCUGACAUGCACUUACAAAAUGUUGCGUAAUUUCGGAACCGCGUACCCGGGCGUCGUAAAUUUGGUCUCAAAAGAUGCGCGAGACUUAAAAGUAUAAACUCUGCGAGUGGCGCGGUCAAACAAUUUCGCACGGAGGAAUGAUCGCAGAAAAUGUUGAGGGGGGGGGUUGAUUCAACCCCCCCCCGGCCAUUUUAGGGUUAAGACAAGUAAUAUGUCUUUUAAAUGUCUGAUUUUACAUAAAUGCAAGCAUAUCAUUUAUCCCACAAUCAUCCUUUCCAAGUAAACUUUAGCCAUUAAUCUAGAGGAAGUUCCUCUACCUGAACCCCAUAUCACCUUCAAUAUCCUGUGCCUCUAAAACGAAAAAAAAAAAAAACUUUCCCUCU